GACUACUAUCAUCAUUUCAACCUCUCUCCCUCGGCCUCGCCGGCGGCACAGCGCAGCGCUUCCACUGUUGGGUGUGGUGGAUUUCCUCCGCCCCCGAACGAUCGAUCUUUUGCAUGGCAGCAGCGGCUAGCUCCAAGGGGCGGGCGAUCGCUGGGAGCUUCGUCAGCCGCGUCCUGGCCGGCAAGGCCGCCUCCCCGAGGAGGGCCGUGCACGCCUCGUCGUACGACAAGAACCCGGAGGAGCAGGUGCGCCCGGCGUUCGUGCCGGACGAUGUGAUCGGCGGCGCGGGGAGCCCCGACAAGUACUGGAGCCCCCACCCCAAGACCGGCGUGUUCGGCCCGGCGGCGGUGGACACCAACCAGCUGGGCGUCGCCGCUGACGCUGCCGCCGCGAAUGCGGCUGCAGCAGGAGGCACGGUGCUGGACCAGAAGGUGUGGUUCCGCCCGCUCGAGGACGUCGAGAAGCCGCCCCCCGUCGCCUGAACCGCGCCACGCCCACGCGACGCGACGCUGCCAGCCCACACUGCUGAUACAAGGGCGGCGGCCGGGAGGGAGAGUCCUGGCAACGUCAUGCUCGUGCCUGUAAUAAGAACAAGCAGGAGAUGUGUGUGCCUGUGAUGUACCGGUGUCGUUAUCAGCGUUAUACAAGUACUUGCGGUUCA